AUGGCGGAUACCACCUUCUUCAGCGACGGCCAGUCCCUGGUCACUGAUAGCUUGCAGGGGCUAGUCGACAUUAGUCCUGAGCUCAUCUUCCACGAGACGAUAAAGACCAUCUCGUAUGCGCACCAUGACCCAUCCAAGCACGUCAGCCUCAUCUCCGGGGGAGGUGCUGGCCACGAACCCGCUCACGCAGCGUUUGUCGGCCAGGGCAUGCUGAGCGCCGCAGUUUCGGGCAACAUCUUUGCCUCGCCAUCCGUUUCUCAGAUUGUCGAAGCUAUUCGGACGGUUGGCGGCAGCGCUGGAACCAUACUGAUCGUCAAGAAUUACACUGGUGACAUCUUUCAUUUCCAUCUGGCUGCCGAAAAGGCUCGAGCCCAAUGGGGGUACCGAGUCGAGGUCCUGGUAGUUGGCGAUGAUGUGGCUGUGGGGCGCGAGCGCAGCGGCAAGGUCGGCAGACGUGGAUUGGCCGGCACAAUCCUCGUUCACAAGGUUCUCGGUGCUAUUUCUGCUCAGGGGAAGUCCAUAGACGAGAUCCUGAGUGUUGGAAAGCAGAUUGUCGAUGGCUUGGUGACCUGUGGCGUCUCCCAAGGGCACGUCCACAUCCCGGGUACUACCGCGGACCAGGGCGCCGCGAACGCCAAGGUUGAGCUGGGCAUGGGAAUUCACAAUGAGCCUGGUUGCCAGGUUCUUGACGUAAAACCCAGUCUUGAAAGCCUAUUGGACAGCAUGCUCGACCUGCUACUCAAGGCUAAUGACGCUGACCGUGGCUUUGUCAACUUUGAUGACAGGGAGAACUCUGUUCUUCUUGUGAACAACCUCGGAGGCACGUCCCAACUUGAGAUGAGCGCAAUCACACACCAUACUGUUCUGAAGCUGGACUCCCGGGGUCUGAAGCCAACUCGGGUGCUGUCCGGCACGUUGAUGACGAGCCUGGACGCCUGUGGCUUCAGUGUUACUAUUCUGAAAGCCACUGAUGAGAUGAUCGCAAGCCUUGACUCUCCCACAACGGCAAUUGGAUGGCUUCAGACAUACUCGGCAUUCAAACCCUACACGGGCAAGCGCGUCGUUACAACCACCACUGCGAAGUCAUCAGACACGAAUCUGAAAACGCCGGGUCCCAAACUAAUUGCCGUUGCCUUCAACUCAUCAGUCAUCCAAGCAUGUCAGGCCCUCCUCGCUGCCGAGCCUCAAAUAACCUUCGAUGACCGCAUUGUCGGAGACGGCGACUGCGGAGCCACACUUUCCCGAGGGGCCCAUGCUGUACUCAAGGUUCUGGCCGAUACUCCCGUCAAAGAGACCACCACUGCUGGCGGUGCUGUCAUGGCGAUCGCGCACGCAAUUGAGGAGAGCAUGGACGGCACAUCAGGCGCAUUGUACGAACUGUUCUUUACUGCCUUGGCCACGGCCCUGCAAAGCUCAUCUGUCGACGUCAUAAGCGUGGAUGUCUGGGCCGAGGCGGCCAACAGUGCGCUACAAAGACUUCAGGCCAUGACACCGGCGAGAGUAGGAGAUCGUACCCUCAUGGAUGCUCUCAUUCCCUUCAUCGAGGUCCUGCAAAAGGAGGGUGACCUACAAAAGGCAGUAGAUGCAGCGAGGAAGGGCCGUGAUAGCACGAAAGGAAUGAAGGCCAGUCUCGGCAGGGCGGUAUAUGUAGCUGGCGAGAACUGGGACAAGGUGCCGGACCCUGGCGCUGAAGGCGUUGUCGCGAUUGUUGAGGGCAUUGCCAAGUCGGCACUUUGA